AUGUCUUAUUCCUCUGCGGUAUUCAAGUCGGAUGAUGAAGAUUUGAAGACUGCACAAAUGAGAAAAAUAUAUCUUCUCAUUGAUAAGUCGAGGAUAGAGAAGAACCAUGAGGUCUUAGAUAUUGGAUGCGGAUGGGGAACUUUGGCCAUAGAAGCUGUGAGAAGAACUGGAUGCAAAUAUACCGGUAUUACGCUAUCAAUUGAACAACUUAAGUAUGCAGAAGAAAAAGUGAAACAAGCUGGACUUCAGGACCGGAUUACGUUUAAGCUCUGCGAUUAUCGCCAACUAUCUGAUGCUCAAAAAUAUGACAGAAUUAUAUCUUGCGAGAGGCUAGAACAUGUUGGCCACAAAUUCAUGGAGACAUUUUUCAGUCACUGUGAAGCUGCGCUUGCGGAAGACGGCAUUUUUGUCUUGCUGGGAACAUUUGCAUGUAUCGCCAAUUUCAUGUUUGCACAACCAUUGUUGGUGUCAGAUCCCGCACCAGAAGUCCGGGACCAACCAAAGAUUGCCACGUAG